AUGCUCGAUGGUCAUGGCCGGGCUCAGUGCCAUCUCGAAGCAUUGCUGUUUUGCGUCUUUGACAAGGACGCAGGCCCAAUCGUACAGUGUGCAGACCCUGAGGGGGCCGCAACAGCUGCUUUUCAAAGAGUUGGCCACUACCUGAUACCAGACUCUGCUGUCAAGGGGAGGGUGGUUUCAGUCGUGUGCGGGGACAAUGUAUUGAUGGGCACUCCUGUCUACAUUGAGGACACGAGCUACUCAAGAAAUUGUUUCCAGUUCAACAUCUGCAUGGUCAUCGACGGCAGCCAACACCAUGAACCCUACCGUGACAUAGCCCAGCUGCUGGCCAUGUCCUUUCAGACCCUGGAGGUGGAGACAAAGCUGCUCUCCAAUCCCAGAGAGGGCACUUCAAUUCAGGCCAUUCUGGCACAGCUGAGACAGCAGCUCAACGAUGCAGAGGAAUGCUUUGUUUGCACAGACAGCAGCCAUGCAAUUUCGUUCAAGGUCCGCAGAUGGACGCCUGCGCUGACCAAGAUUGAAGACGAAUCUGCAGUUCCAGUUCCAUUGCUGGAUUUGCAGAAGCUUCUGGAUCCCGAGAGAAGGUCCGAAUCGCCCGCAGGGCGUGAUUUUCAACAAGCUUUGCCAUUCAGCCUGGAUCCAGCUUUGGCUGCGGUCCUUCCGCUCAUUGAUGGUGUGAGAAGUGUGCAGACCAUUGCCAAUGACAGCCCACUGAGAAGUGAUUAUGUCGUAAUGAUUUUGCGCCACUUGCUCCACUUCGAUCUGAUCCACUUGAUCCCUGGAAUUGGCCUCGACAACAGAUACAGGCUGACACCAGCUUACCACACAGUACUGGAAGACCUGGAAAAAGGGGAAGAAGCCGUGCAAUACGUCACGGCUGGCCACUGGAACGGGAAAGACCUGGCAGAGGAAGAGCGAUACAAGGUGAUCCAGCGAGCGAUGGCCCUCUAUGCAUUCCUCGCCUGCGAGGGAAAGCAGUUGGAGAGGUUUAAACAGGCUGAGGAACUUGCUGCCCUGGGCAUUUCGCUGCGUCAUUUCGUCACCUGGGGCCUCCUCCAGGGCUACCUUGAGCGUGUUGAGGACAACGUUGGAAGCUUGAAUAAAGAGCAGGCUGACGAACUCUUCCGCUUGCGUACUGAAGACAUUCCAAAUCGGAAGAAAUACCUGAAGGAGCAGGGCCUUUCGGGAAGACAGGUCAACCAAGAUGAAAAGGUCAAGGAGAUGGUUGAGAGAAUGCAGAUGUUGCGCAAUGCUGAAGCUUAAGUUUCUGCCGGCAUAUGCUGAUCUGCUACAAUUUCAAAUCCGAAUUCCCAGACUGGACCGGCGAGCUGUGAGCUGCAGACAAAGAA